UGCUGCCUUUAAUUUGAGAAGGAUUUUCAUUUUUAUUGUACAUGCAUAUUGGUUCCAAAUAUCAGUUAUCAGUCUCAUUAUCUACUAAUAAUCCGUAUCCGCCCUGAAAAACCAGUCGACCCCUAAUAUUUUUUGCAACUUCAAUGUAAAUACAGUGCCAGAAUGCAUUAUAGAGCAUGAAAAUUGAGUUGUUUUUGUCCUCAACUCCUAGAAACAACUCUGCAUUCACCAGACGGCUGCACCACGAAGCAAGUUCAACCGAUCCCGGCUCUCGACAAACCCUGCAGCCUCGGUCAGAGACAACAGUAUAAAGCUGCGCCAGCUCCGGAAAAACACCACAGAGAUCCACGCUCAAGAGACAAAGCUCCAGCCAUGGACACCAAGACACACCAACAGAUCAAUACAGCACUCAAAAAAUCCAAGUCUAGAAAGACCAUCACCCACUUCACAAAUGUGCACGGUCUGCCCUGCAUUGAGAAGAUUGUGAGGUCAGUGGAGGAGACCCCGGAGCCCAUCAGCACUGUCAUCACUGGAAAAAUCCCAGAAUGGAUCAGCGGAUCCUUCUUGAGAAACGGGCCCGGGAAGUUUGAGAUCGGAAACCACAAGUUCAACCACUGGUUCGACGGCAUGGCGCUCCUGCACCGCUUCCAAAUAUCCAACGGACAGGUGACUUACAGAAGCCGCUUCCUGUCCAGCGACAGCUACAAAGCCAACAAGGAGCACAGCCGCAUCGCAGUGUCAGAGUUUGGCACCAUCACUGUGCCAGACCCCUGCAAAAACUUCUUCCAGCGCUUUCUGUCCAGAUUUGAAUUUCCACAGCCCACAGAUAAUGCCAACGUGAGCUUUGUGACCUACAAAGGCGAUUAUUACGUCAGCACGGAAACCAAUAACAUGCACAAGGUGGACCCUGAGACACUCGAGACAACCCAAAAGGUGGACUGGAGCAAAUUUAUUGCAGUGAACGGAGCGACCGCACACCCUCACACUGAGCCUGAUGGGACUACUUAUAACAUGGGGAAUUCAUACACCCCUAAAGGAGCGAAUUACAACAUCAUCCGAGUCCCGACCAAGAAAACAGCUGGAGAAACCCUGGAGGGAGCCACAGUGCUGUGCUCUAUUCCCUCCGUGGACAAGAGUAAACCCUCCUACUACCACAGCUUUGCAAUGUCUGAGAACUACGUGGUGUUCAUCGAGCAGCCCAUCAAGAUGAACCUGUUGAAGAUUGUGACAGGCAAGCUGACGGGGAAGAGCAUCAGCGACGGCAUUUACUGGGACCCCAAACUCAACACGAUCUUCCACCUGAUUCACAAGCAGACGGGAGAGGUGAGCUCCGUCAAGUACUUUGCCAAGCCGCUGACCACAUUCCACCAGAUCAACGCGUACGAGGAGGACGGCUUCUUGAUCAUAGACAUGUGUGCUUCAGAUGAUGGCCAGGCGAUCAAUAACUACAACAUCCAAAACCUGCGAAAGUCUGGGGAAGACUUGAGUCAGGUGUAUAACACCUUGUGUAGAGCGUUUCCACGGCGUUUCGUUCUGCCUCUCAAUGUGGACCAGGAGACACCCUACGACCAGAACCUGAACCGGCCCGACACCACAGCCACGGCUAAAAGAGUCGCCAUUAACAAGGUCUUCUGUACCCAUGAGGACCUGCACAGAGAGGACCUUCAUCAUUACGGAGGUUUGGAGUUCCCUCAGAUCAACUACGGCGAGUACAACACUCGCCCCUACCGUUACUUCUACGGCUGCGGCUUCAGGCAUCUUGUUGGAGACUCGCUGAUCAAAAUGGACCUCAACGGGAAACACAUGAAGGUUUGGGAACGACCCGGACUUUAUCCCUCUGAGCCCGUCUUUGUCCCCUCCCCCAACGCCACAGAGGAGGACGAUGGCGUCGUCAUGUCUGUGGUCAUCACACCCAACAUGGACAAGAGCACGUUCCUCCUGGUGUUAGACGCCAAAACGUUCGAGGAGCUGGGACGAGCUGCGGUCCCCGUCAACAACAUCCCCUACGGCUUCCACGGGACAUUCAACGCCAAGGCGUAGACGUGUGAGGACGAAACGAGAGACGACUUUACCUCUGACCUCACAUGGACGGAGACGAGUCCUGGCGGAGGUUCAAAUCUGUAAAUAUUGUCUGUGUUGUUUUGUGUGAAUUUAGAGGUCAGGUAUGAGUGUACAGUUUGUUCGGACAUGUUAGCAGAAAUGAAAAAAAAUACUCGUGGUUAUUCAUAUGACUGGUGUGUUAUUAUUAUUAUUAUUAUUCUGCAGUGUUAAGAAUCUUUUGUAAAGACGUCCUGUUGUUAGGACGUCAUUUUUUUCUAUAAUUUAAAACAUCGUUUUCGAAUGUUUCAACACAAACCCCCAAAAUAUUCUCACUUUGAGCAGUUAUUGUCAUUAAAGCAGCGAUACUCAA